AUGGCUGUCAAACAGAGAUACCCUGCUAUGGCCGUACAAGCUAAGGGCGACAAAGAGAAUGGAUCAACGCCAGCAACGAAGUUCACUGAUGGCGCGUCAGAUGAGUUGGAGUUUGGCGGCUCGCUUGGUGCAAUGCUAUUGAUUACUGGCUCCCCCCUGUUGAUGUGGUAUAUGUGGAUUGGAGCCACAUACUACGAUGGGAUGCUUCCUCUGCCCGAGUCCAACCAGACUUGGGCUGACUUUGGGCGUCACCUGUGCCAGUUGGUCUACGAGGGAGCCUAUCCAACCGCAAAAGCAUGGGCAACCUUCUGGACAUUCUUCAUCCUAGAGGCAGUCAUGUACUGCUACAUGCCCGGUGUUUCGAACUUUGGCCGGCCGUUGAGGCACGAAGGCGGCAAGAGGCUUCCCUACUACUGCUCUGCAUAUUGCAGCUUCUAUGCUACACUCGCCAUCGCUGCUGUCCUGCAUGUUACUGGCAUCUUCCCAUUGUACACGUUGAUUGAUGAGUUUGGGCCUAUCAUGAGUGUUGCUAUUCUGUCUGGUUUCCUGAACAGCUUCAUCGUCUACAUCCAAGCCAUCGUCCGCGGACGAACCCACAGACUGUCCGGCUCUCCCAUCUAUGACUUCUUCAUAGGUGCUGAGCUGAACCCCCGUAUUGGUAUUUUGGACUUCAAAAUGUUCUACGAGGUCCGGAUUCCGUGGUUCAUUCUGUUCCUCAUCACCUGCUCUGUGGCUGCUCGCCAAUACGAAAGUUAUGGCUAUGUCUCUGCGGAAGUGGUUUUCUUGGCUGGCGCUCAUUACUUGUACGCCAACGCUUGUGCUAAAGCUGAGCAGAUGAUUAUUACCAGCUGGGACAUGUACUUUGAAAAGCUGGGCUUUUUGCUAACAUUCUGGAAUUUGGCCGGUGUGCCCUUCACCUACUGCCAUUGCGCACUUUACUUGGCCAACCACCACCCGUCCGAGUAUCACUGGAACCGUUACGCCCUGGCAGUAUUCUCCGCUCUGUACAUCUUCUUCUAUUGGAUGUGGGAUAGCGCAAAUGGCCAGAAGAACGCAUUUCGUCACAAGGCAAAGGGCCAGCUCGUUAAGCGGAACACUUUCCCUCAAGUGCCAUGGCAAGCUGUUGAGAACCCCAAGACAAUCGAGACAGAUACCGGCGAUCACAUCAUGGUGGAUGGCUGGUUCGCAAUUAUCCGAAAGCCGAAUUAUGUCCCCGACAUGUUCUUUUCUAUGUCUUGGGGUCUGAUCACCGGUUUCAAGAGCCCAUUCCCUUGGUUCUAUUUCAUUUUUUUCAUGGUUAUGAUCAUCCACCGCACCAACAGGGAUAUCAGCAGAUGCCGGAGAAAGUACGGCGAGGCCUGGAAGCGUUAUGAGCGAGAAGUUCCGUACUUGUUCAUUCCAUAUGUAAUUUAA